CACUCGCGCGCGUUUGACAGCUCGCGCUCUCGCUUCUGCGACUGUCGACGACGGAUUUCACUUUUCGCGCUGCCAUUUUCGAAGGGUCUGCGAGUUUUGUUUUGUUCCGGGGGAAAAAUUCGGGUUUGUGUUCCGCCGCGGAACUUAGGCAUCUUGAGUGGCUUGUGUAGUGUAGACCCAGGUUGUAGUACGGGCGGGAAGAACGGACCACCGGAACCGGGAGCAGCAGCAGCAUGGGAGUACCAGCAUUUUUCCGCUGGUUAUCGCGCAAAUAUCCCAGCGUUAUCGUUGAGUGCGUGGAGCAGAAGAACACCGACGACGAUGGCAACGUCCUGUACGACGACAUGACCAAACCGAACCCUAAUAAGGUGGAGUUUGACAAUCUGUAUCUGGACAUGAACGGGAUCAUUCAUCCGUGUACACAUCCGGAGGACAAACCGGCGCCGCGGAACGAGGACGAAAUGAUGGUGGCCAUCUUCGAGUGCAUCGACCGGCUGAUGAACAUUGUCCGUCCGCGGCAGGUCCUGUACAUGGCGAUUGACGGGGUGGCGCCGCGCGCCAAGAUGAACCAGCAGCGCUCGCGACGGUUCCGGGCGUCGAAGGAGGCGGCGGAAAAGGCAACGGAAAUUGCCAAGAUCCGGGAGGAGUUGGCCGCGAAGGGGUGCAUCUUGCCGCCGGAGAAGGAAAAGGGAGCGCACUUUGAUUCGAACUGCAUUACGCCCGGGACGCCGUUUAUGGACCGGUUGAGCAAGUGUCUGCAGUACUACGUGCACGAUCGGAUGAACAACAAUCCCGGGUGGAAGGGGUUGAAGGUCAUCCUGUCGGACGCGAACGUGCCGGGUGAGGGCGAGCACAAGAUCAUGGACUACAUCCGGAAGCAGCGCGCCCAGCCCGACCACGACCCGAACACGCACCACGUCCUGUGUGGCGCAGACGCCGAUCUGAUCAUGUUGGGCCUGGCGACGCACGAGACGCACUUUACCAUCAUCCGGGAGGAGUUUCUGCCGAACAAGGAGCGGCCGUGCGACAUCUGCCAGCAGAUGGGCCACGAGAUGAAGGACUGCGCGGGGUUGAAGUCGGCACGGGACUGCGAACGGUCACCGCCACCUCCGGGCAAGGAGACGCAGUUCAUCUUUGUGCGGUUGAACGUGCUGAAGGAGUACCUGGCGAAGGAGCUGGACAUGCCGAACCUGCCGUUUACGUACGACUUUGAGCGCGUCAUUGACGAUUGGGUGUUUAUGUGCUUCUUCGUGGGAAAUGACUUUUUGCCGCACUUGCCGAGUCUGGAGAUUCGGGAGAACGCGAUUGAUCGGCUGGUCACGCUGUACAAAAAGUGUGUGUACAAGACGAAGGGCUAUCUGACGGACUCCGGUGACGUAACGCUCGAUCGCGUCGAGCUGAUCAUGACGGAUUUGGGCUACGCCGAGGACGAAAUCUUCCGCAACCGAAAGGUGACCGAAGAUCGGUUCAAGGAGCGCAACAAACGUAUGAAGAUGCAAAAGGAACGCGAGCAGCGCCCCAAAUUUGAUCAGAUGCACAACUCGCAGUUUGCGCCGACUCCGCUCGGCCGCGGUCAAACCCCGCAGGCCAUCGUGAACCCACGCCAGGAGGCGGCCAACUUCCGCAUGGGAGGCAACAACCGCAACCAGCAAGACUCCAACCAGGACAACCAGCGUCGCGGCCAGAAACGCAAGGCCGACGAGCCAAUCUCGCACGCAGCCGCCGAAGAAGAACCGGAAACCCCCGACGAAGUCCGCCUCUGGGAAGACGGCUUCAAAGAUCGCUACUACGAGUCCAAGUUCGACGCUCCCACCAACAUGAAGUUCCGCCAAACCGUAGCCUGGGAGUACGUCCGCGGACUCUGCUGGGUCCUCAAGUACUACUACCAAGGUUGCGCCAGCUGGGAGUGGUACUUCCCGUACCACUACGCCCCAUUCGCGUCCGAUUUCCGCACCCUGCAGAACGUCAACAAGCACUUUGACCGCGGAACCCCGUUCAAACCGCUCCAGCAGCUGAUGGGGGUGUUCCCCGCGGCGAGUCGGAGUCACGUGCCGCCGGCGUUUGCCGAGCUGAUGGUGGACCCCAAGUCGCCGAUCAUCGACUUUUAUCCGAUCGAUUUCCACAUCGAUUUGAACGGGAAGAAGUUUGCGUGGCAGGGCGUCGCGCUGCUGCCGUUUGUCGACGAGAAGCGGCUGUUCAAGGCGACCGAUCCGAAGGUGCCGGAGCUGACGCAGGAGGAACGAUUACGCAACGAGAACGGCCUGGCCCGGCUGUACCUGUGUUCCGGCUCCGAGGCGUACCGCACGGCCCGCGCCCUCUACGCCAACGAGGUGGACUACGAGCGCGAGGUGCCAGUGCUGGCCGGGUGCAUGCGCGGUCUCAUCAUUCCGACCCUGGAAAACAUCCAACAGGACGGUGUCCUCCCGUCGCCGAUUCCGGGCCUCCACCCGGUGUGUGAAAACAAGGUGCUCACGCUCAAGUUCCUGGACCCGCAGUACGACGACGACUUUAUCUUCCCGGCCCGGAAGCUGGACGGUGCGAAGGAUCAACCGCGGGUGCUCGGCGCCAACGAGGGUCCCGUGGUUGGGUUCGGUCCGCGGACGGAUCGUGGCCGGUUAGGGCAGUCCGGUCAUCGCAUGAUGAACCAUUACACCGGAGGAAGGGGCAGAGGAGGCGGUGGCGGUGGUGGAGGAGGAGGAGGAGGAGGAGGAGGAGGUUACAACAAUUACUCGAGGGAUGGCAACAACUCAUACAACAGCUCCUACAACAACUCGAGCUACAACAGCAGCUUCAACUCGUCCUCGGGCGGCAACAACAGCAGCAGCAGCAGCAGCAACAAUUACAACAACUCCGGCAACAACAGCCGCGGCUCCGGCGGCGGCAAUCUGAGCGUGUUUGAGCAGCUGAGCAGUCGCAUCAACGAGUACCAGCAGCAGGUGAUGAGCGACAUCUCGCGGGACGCGUCCAGCUCGGGCGUGAUGCUGCCGAAUCCGUUUGCGAACCAGGUCCGGUACGAUUACAACACCGGAGGUGGAGGAGGAGGAGGAGGUAACAGGCAGAAUAACUAUCAGAAUCACCGCGGUGGGUACAACAAUCAGCGGGGAGGUGGAAGAGGAGGUUAUCAGAACAAUAACCAGGGUGGGGGAGGAGGUUAUGGAGGACAGAGGUUCAACAACAACGGUCAGGGUGGAGGCGGAGGUGGCAAUAGGAACAACUUUGGGGCGAACCGUUUCAACAACAAUCGGAGAAAUUACUAGAAUGUGCAGUUUCUAAAUUUUCUGACUAGCGCACGGAAUUGGUAGCGCAACAUGUUCGCUAUAUUCCGUGAAUUCCACAAAUAAUAACAAAAUCAUACAUUAAACAACAAACAAAAAUAUGGAGAAAUUUUAAGCCGCCCUCGAAACCCUGCAGAAGUGAGAGUGAGGUGGUUUUGACUAGCCAAGUAGAGCAUUGACCUUUUCUAUUAUUUUUUUUUCUCUUAGCUCGUAAGGAUAGCAGGAUUUUUCUAGUAGAGAAAAUGAUGAAAACAAACAUAACAUAAGCGUGUUCAAAACAUGAAGCAUUGGCGAACAAUUACUUAAUUGUGUUUUGAAUACUUUACUUUUGUGAGAAAAGUAAACUAAUAGAGUGUACUACAAAAAA